AUUCGCGAGUCGGCGACGGGAAACGACGUAACGUCCGCUCACAAACCGCAUCCACCGCCGCCGUCGCCGCAACCCAACCGCGCGAACCACGAAUACGCCGCCGCCGUAUCUCCGGGAUUUUUAAAAUAGUAUUUUAUURUAAAAUCCCUUGACCGUAAUAUUUUUGUAGGUUUCACGUCAACGUAUUGGAUCGUAUAAGCUGUUCGUCGUCGUGUUCAACGCAGUGGCAGAGUGAUAUCGCACACGCGUUAUUGUUCGUCAACGAUCUCUUGCGCGUCGGCCGUCGUCGAAUCUCGACCCGUAUCCGUCUUCYGGUGCGUGUCCACACAAGUGCUGUAGUCCGACGAUAAACCGUCUCCGUUCGUCCUCCUCCAAACCAGGAACAGUUGAUAAAACGACUUCACAGCCUUUGCCAUGUCUGAAAGAGAGGAAAACGUGUACAAGGCGAAACUCGCCGAACAGGCGGAAAGAUACGAUGAAAUGGUGGAAUCCAUGAAAAAAGUAGCAUCGUUAGAUGUUGAAUUAUCUGUAGAAGAGCGAAAUCUGUUAUCUGUAGCAUAUAAAAAUGUGAUUGGAGCUCGACGUGCAAGUUGGCGCAUAAUUUCAAGUAUUGAACAGAAAGAAGAGAACAAAGGUGCUGAAGAAAAGCUAGAAAUGAUACGUCAAUAUAGAUCGCAGGUUGAAAAAGAAUUGCGGGAUAUUUGUUCUGACAUUUUAAAUGUACUUGAUAAACAUUUAAUAGCAUGUGCUGCUUCUGGUGAAUCUAAAGUAUUCUAUUAUAAAAUGAAAGGCGACUAUCACAGAUACCUGGCCGAAUUUGCUACUGGAGAUGACAGAAAAGAAGCCGCUGAACAUUCUCUGGUUGCUUAUAAAGCAGCUAGCGAUAUCGCUAAUCAAGACUUACCUCCUACUCACCCAAUAAGGUUGGGUUUGGCAUUGAAUUUUUCCGUAUUCUACUAUGAGAUUCUCAACACCCCUGAUAGAGCUUGUCAUUUAGCUAAAAAAGCUUUUGAUGAAGCAAUUGCUGAAUUGGACACAUUAUCGGAAGAGAGCUAUAAAGAUUCCACACUUAUAAUGCAGUUGUUAAGGGACAACCUAACUCUGUGGACUUCAGAUAUGCAAGGAGAUGGUACAGAAGCUGAACCUAAAGAGCAGCUUCAAGAUGUUGAAGAUCAAGAUGUCUCAUAAAUGCCUUCUGUGACUGCUCUAUAAUAAAAUAACUAUAAUUGUCAUCGAAAAAAACAGUGUCUGUGUACAAAUAAUAUCAAAUAUGAAAACAUAAAAAAUAUGCAUUCAAUAGUUACAGCCCUAAAAGUAAAGUAAAACGACUCACUCCAAGACUGUCAAAUUUUUUUUUCGUACACUUUGAUUUUACUUUUAUCUCAUUGGCAGGGGAUCAUGCGACAGCAAAUUUGGUUUAGUCUUAUACAAUUCCCAAAAAUUAAUAAUUCAAUAAAAAACAAAUUUUAUGUCUUUCUGUUCAGUAUUAUGUGUUAAAAGUUUUAUUUUUGUAUUUAAAUUAUAAGGCUUUUUAUUAUUUUUUAAUUAUUAUUUUGUUUUUUUUUUUCUAGAAAGAAAAAAACGAUUAAGCAAAUUGUAGUUUACCUCAAUUAUUUGUGUUGAUUACUAAAGAGAGUUACAUUUUCUUUCUAUUUUAUACUAAAGAAUAUAUAUUUAUACAAAUCCAUCUCUCAAAAAUCUUAUUUARAAUUCAGAAUUAAUAUGCACAUUGGGUGUGUCACCGCCAAAGCCAGUUCCUGUAAUUAAACCGGUGUAUUUUGUUA